AUGAGCACUUCCGUUUUUCUUUCGGCUCCCGCCCCGCUCCGCCAUCAUGAAGUCCUGAACAAAAACGGAUGAGAGUCGAGCAAAAUGGGGAUAACACGAACUGGAGAUGAAAUCCGCCGACAACACUAACGUAAUGACAGUACAAAGUGAAGCACGGAGCGGACCCGUGGAAAUUAAUGAAUCAGCUUCCCAUUGAAAGCGUCCCAGGCAGCUUCUGGCUUUACGUUAUUUAGUUAGCGGCAUAGCUAACAGCAGCUAGAGCUAGCCUCUGAUUUUCUUUGGAAGACAGCUCUGCUACUAGCUGGCUGCCUCGUCUAGGUAGCUGGCAGGCGUCAGUCAGCUAGCUGUCAAUUUAAUUGACUGGCACUUUACUCAUGUCAAGUCGUGAAGACGUGCUAGCUGUCCAAUUGACUGGGAGCAUCAGGAUGGAGAGGGGUUUGAGUAAAAGCAUUGACAGACAGAAUGUGGUUUGUUCGUGUUGAAUAGACACCAGUGUCGAGGAAAGGGGAGUGAGACCACUAUUUUCCAGCCAGGCCAGUAAGCUAGCUCCAGAGCUAGCUACAGUGGAUCCCAAAAGCCACGGCGCUGGCCAUGCCGUCGAGUGUGCGGGCCGGGAGCCUGAAGGACCCGGAGGUGGCUGAGCUAUUCUUCAGGGAGGAUCCCGAGAAGCUCUUCACAGACCUGAGGGAGAUUGGCCAUGGAAGCUUCGGAGCGGUCUACUUCGCUCAUGACAUCCGCACCAAUGAGGUGGUGGCCAUCAAGAAGAUGUCCUAUAGUGGCAAACAGUCAAAUGAGAAAUGGCAGGAUAUCGUCAAGGAAGUGAAGUUCCUCCAGAAGCUGCGCCACCCCAACACUGUUGAGUACCGUGGCUGCUACCUGAGAGAGCACACAGCAUGGCUGGUGAUGGAGUACUGCUUGGGCUCAGCUUCUGACCUCUUAGAAGUCCACAAAAAACCCCUCCAGGAAGUGGAAAUAGCUGCCAUAAUCCAUGGUGCAUUGCAGGGAUUGGUAUAUCUUCACUCUCACAACAUGAUUCACAGGGAUGUGAAGGCAGGAAAUAUCUUGCUAACAGAGCCAGGUCAGGUCAAACUGGGAGAUUUUGGCUCUGCCUCCAUUGUUGCUCCAGCCAACUCCUUUGUGGGAACACCCUACUGGAUGGCCCCUGAGGUGAUCCUGGCCAUGGACGAGGGUCAGUACGAUGGGAAGGUGGAUGUGUGGUCACUUGGCAUUACCUGCAUAGAGCUGGCGGAAAGGAAGCCUCCUCUGUUCAACAUGAAUGCUAUGAGUGCCUUAUACCACAUCGCCCAGAAUGAGAGCCCUGUGCUGCAGUCUAAUCACUGGUCGGAUUAUUUCCGCAAUUUUGUGGACUCCUGUUUGCAGAAGAUUGCCCAGGACAGACCUACCUCUGAUGUGCUGCUCAAGCACCAUUUCCUAUGCAGAGAGCGUCCCAUGACAGUUGUGAUGGACCUAAUCGCCCGCACCAAGGAUGCUGUCCGCGAGCUGGACAACCUUCAGUAUAGGAAGAUGAAGAAAAUCCUCUUCCACGAGGCACACAAUGGUCCCGCACCGGAAGGAGGUGAUGAGGAAGAGGAUGUGGAGCAGUAUAUGCUGCGCACUGGCACAGUCAACAGCAUGGAGAGCUCCCAUUCUCUGCCGUCAAUGUCAAUCAGUGCAAGUUCCCAGAGCAGCUCUGUUAACAGUCUGGCAGACGGCUCUGAUGACAGCGGGGAGAUGGCCAUGAUGCAGGAAGGGGAGCACACCGUCACCUCCAACAGCUCUGUCCUGCACAAGCCCCUGAGUCAUGACAACAUCUACGACGACCCCUAUCAGCCAGAGGUUGACUCACAGCAAGAAGCUUCGUCUGCUGGUGGCGGCGGAGGAGGAGGAGGCGGUGGGAGACGGCGUCGAGGCAGAGACCAUUUUGCCACCAUCAGGACAGCCUCACUCGUCACCCGUCAGAUCCAGGAACAUGAGCAGGGCUCGGCCCUGAGGGAGCAGAUGUCUGGGUACAAGCGGAUGCGACGGCAGCACCAGAAGCAGCUGAUGGGCCUGGAAAACAAGUUGAAGGCGGAGAUGGAUGAGCACCAACUGAGACUGGACAAGGAGCUAGAGAAUCAGAGGAACAGCUUCUCAUUGGAGGGGGAGAAACUCUCCAAAAAGCAUCAGGUUAUCAUGGAGAAAGAGUCAAAGGCAGUCCUGACUGAGGAGAAGAAGUUCCAGCAACAUAUACUGGCCCAACAAAAGAAGGAGUUGACCAGUCUGCUGGAGUCCCAGAAACGACAGUAUCGUCAACGCAAGGAGCAGCUCAAAGAGGAACUAAACGAGAACCAGUCAACGCCAAAGCGGGAGAAACAAGAGUGGUUGGUGCAUCAAAAGGAGUGUCUGCAGCAGCUGCAGGCAGAAGAAGAGGCGGGCCUACUACGACGGCAGAGGCAGUAUUAUGAACUACAGUGUCGCCAGUACAAGAGGAAGAUGCUGCUGGCACGCCACAACCUGGAGCAGGAUCUGCUCAGAGAGGAACUGAACAAGAAGCAAACUCUGAAGGACUUGGAGUGUGCCAUGCUUCUGCGUCACCAUGAGUCGACACAGGAGCUUGAGUUCCGCCAGCUGGGUUUGGUGCAGCAUACGCGGGCCGAGCUGAUCCGCACGCAGCACCAGACGGAGCUCACCAACCAGAUGGAGUAUAACAAGAGGCGUGAGCAGGAGCUGCGUCAGAAACAUGCCGUGGAGGUCCGCCAACAGCCGAAGAGCCUGAAAGUGAGUGAGAGCACCCAGGGCCAAGGGUCUCCUGAGAAGGGAGAGAGCCAGACAACAGAGGGGCUGAGCAGCAGCAGGGACAGUGACGCAGGGGUGGUGGAGGAUGAGAGGGGUGGUGACUUAGAAAAGGAGAGGGAGGUGGUAGCUAAAGAGAUUUGUGAUGGUCAGGAAGAGGUUGACGGAGAUGAGGUGGAUGGUGUUAGUGUUCCUGCAGCUGAGGUACAUGAUGACAACAAACCAAAGAGAAAUGAUGACAGAGAGGAUGAAAAAGAGGACUGGAAAACUGGUGAAGAAAGCCCAGACGUGAGGGAAGUAGAAGGAGUGCAGUGGGAGUAUGAGGUUGAGCACAGUAAUACCGCACAGGUAGACACUGAUGAUGAGGAGGAAGAGGACAGGGGCGUGGCUGACGGAUGUCCGUCAGAGCUGAUCUCAUCCUUGUCCCCAGAAAAGAGACGGCUUCGUGAGCGAGAUAUAGAUGAGCUGUCCGAGUUUUACUUUCCCGACGCUCCAGAGGAGCUUGAGCCCGUACCCACGGCACCCCCUCCUCCCCCGUCUCAGACUUCUUUCCCCUCCCUCUUCUCUCACGCCAUCUGCCUCCUCCUCUCCCUCUCCGCUGCUGCCCAGCCUUCCAACAUCACCUUGCUGCUGCUCUCCAUCUUCCUCCUCUCCCUCCGCCGCUCGCCUCCUCUGCCCUCGGUGGCCUCCAUCAUGCUCUCCGCCGAGCUUGCCUCCUUGGCGCUCUUCUUCUCGUACCUCUUCCUUCGCUCCUGCUGCUCUCUGUCUCUCUCCACCUACCUGUCACUCAGCCUGUGGGCGAGCGGCCUCUUUAGUUUAGGACUCUCUUUCAGUUUGGGGAUUUAUUACAUCCCCAUGAUUUUGAUCUCAGCCUCAUUCCUCAGCUCUCCCUCCCUAUUCCUCUCUCUCUACUUGGUGGUGGUGCUGGUUGUCAGGCCGGCCCGUGACUUCCUCCAGUAUGCACCCCGCAAAGUCAACCGCCUCUGCAUGCGUGUUCUUUUCCGCCUCCCUCGGCCCCUGUUUGCUAUGUGCCAGUCAAUCCUGGGUGGUAUGGCUGAGCGUAACCUUUAUGAGAUGUUUCCCAAAGCAGGACGCAACUGGGGUGUGCGCCAGUCCAAAAUUCCUGUUGCCCUAAAGAGCUUGCCUUUAGCGUAUCAGGCUCGCUGCAGUAACACUUCUCCCUUGGCAAAGGGCCUUCUCUGGGUGAGGCGUUUCAGUAGACGCCCUCUCGGAGUCCUGGCAGACCUGGCUAACUCUAUAGUGUUAAAUCUAGCAAGACAGCUCCUCAAAAAGUUGCCGCUCACUGUCAGAGUGAAACUCCAAACACUGGGCCUCUUGAAGAAGGAAGUCCCGAGCAGGUUGCCUCGACUGCUGCCCAGGGAGGUCAGAGAGCGGAGACAGAGGGAGAGGAGGAGGAGAGAGAGGGAGAGACAGAGGAGGAUAGAGAGGGAGAGAAUCUUCCGUGAUGAGGGGAGGUGGGAGUGCGGGUUGAGACGAACUUCAUCUGGAAGGUUUGUCAGGGGGAAAAUUCGGCCGUGGAGAUAGCAUGAGUGUGAGACAAGUUAGUGAAGAGUAGUAAACAUUGGGACACGUGUGUGAGUGAGUGUGAGUGUGAUCCUUAUCAUGUUCCAUUGUUCAACCAUUGUCUGUCUGUGUGUGUGUGUGUGUGUGUCUUUGAUUUGGGCCCACAUGUCUCCCUUGUUACAUAAUUCCCAAACUGGUUUUUGGUCACAUUUCAUCAAGAUGAGACAUAUUCUACGCUGUACACAUACAUCUGUGGCUGAAAGUGAUUUUGGCUGUCGAAGCUUAUCCAGACGUGCGUAUGUGUGUGCACACAAACCGUACUGUUAAAUCAGUGGGCUCUGCAAACGUUAGCCUGCAGCCAAACCCACGGUUACUGUACCCAAACCCAGUGAAGUUAUAACAUUUUAUUAUUGUGCUUUUUGUAAAAGUUCCUUUAAGUUUCUUUAAUUUUAUUAUUUUGCUCUUAAUUUGUAAGACAAAUGUUUCUAUGGUUAUUUUAAAGACCGUUAUUGUGCAAUCUUUAUUUUUUCUUCAUUAGUGAUUUUAUCUUUGUGGGGCGCACUGUUAUCUCAGUGCCUAAAACAAACAUUACAGUAUUUUGUGGCUUCGUGGGUAUAAUUUCACUCCCUAAAUCAGAAUACUGUGAAAAAAUAUAUAGUAAAACUUCAUUAACAUCACCCUGAACACUAGCUCUCCAUCGGUAUGAAAGUGCAAUAAAGAACAAAUAGAAUUAUCUGGGACCACUGUAGGACAUUUGAUAUUAUUUUGAAGUGUAGUUCUAUGUUCAGAGGUCUAAGUCGAAAAUAGUUAGCAGGUCUUACUUUACACAACUUAAAUUAAUUCACUUCAGGACAAUUUAGCCAGAACCUAAAGCCUGUCCCAGUACAUUGUUUAAUGUCGAGAUAUUAUUUGAUAUUCUUUACAGCUGGUGAAAUUAUUAUCUUUCAGAUUCUAGUUGGAUAUAUUGCUGUUAUUGCGCUUUACGCGGUAAUAUCAUGAUUUACCAUGUAAACAUUUAGUUAUGUCCCUCUUAAAAAUCAGAAGAAUUUACACCAGUUGAGUGCUUAGUUACAACUGUUUGCACAGAUGUUAAUAAUCUGUUGUGAAGCGACAUAUUCUAAAUUCAUAGUGAAAGCAGGAUAUACUUUGAAGUAGUAAAAGUAUAAUAUAAUAAAAAUCUAUUUAAUACUUCAGUGUAGUUUAAUUUAUAUGAAGCCAUAUAGACAAUCUUUUGGGAUGCACAAUCAUUAAAUAAGUCCAAAGAUUGAUGCAGCUACUGAAUGUGAAACUAUCAUAUGAAGAGAAGAUAUCUAGUAAAAGCAAUCUGUUUAGUUUUGCACUGUCUAGUAGAUCAUUAAAACAUGUACUAAAUGUGGGAGAACACAUCAGUUUAGGGCUGCGAGUAAUAAUUAUUUUCCUAAGUGACUAAGUUGCUCGAUUAAACGUUUAGCCUAUGAAACGCCAAAAACUGUGAAAAAAAAUGCCCAUCGCAGCUUUCCAGUGUGUGUAUUGUCUUCCAAACUUAUUUUGUUUGACCAAAAGUCCAAAACCCAAAGACAUUCAGUUUACAUUCAUAUACAUGUUUAUACAAGAGAGAAGAGCAGCGAAUCUUCUGGUGGAAGAAUCUGGAACCAGAGAGGCAAUUUCUUGACUGAAAUGAUUAAUCCAUUACCAGACUAGUUAACAAUAAAUUUCCUGUUGAUCAGCCAGUCGAUUAAUCGUUUCAGCUCUGCUUUGGUCGGACCAAAAAGAAACUUGACAGUAUAUGGGGCCGUUUUUAUCUUGCGUUCUUGCAAAUUUGAGGGCUUGAGAUGAACCAAAUGUCGGCAAAAAUUUUUAAUUUGCGUAUUUGCAAGGGAAAUCUGGUUAAAUAACACAUAAUACAUAAGGCAUAAAAAUGUUUUUUAUGUAGGAAACAGGUGCCCUGUGCGUCAACAGAAGGACGACAUUUGAGCUGUUUACAUGGAGGAAUAUUACUGAGAAGGAAAACUCAGUCUUAACUGUAUUUGACCCAGUGGGAACAAAAAAAAGUAGUGCGCUUGUUUUAGGUGACCUACAUGUGGGAAGUCUAGCUUUAGAAAAAGACAUUUCACAGCAAACAUUGUUCAAUUUGAAUGUAACUUAUUUAUCAUUGAUUUACAUUUGUGUUCCACUAUCAGUUGUUUCCUGUUCCUCUGUGUAUGUUUACAUGUUUGUAUUCUGUUUUCUUGUGACACCAUCUGAAAGUUUAUAUCACCUUGAGUUUUUUUUUUUUUUUUUUAAAUAUAUAUAUUUAAUUUAUGCGGUAUUUAUCAGAUUAGUACUGCAUUAUGUGUGGCAGCCAUUUUGUUGUCCUUUUAUUCUCAUUUUAGCUGCAUGAGUGUUGGCAUACUGUAAGGCUGCAUGCUCGCAAGCAAAGAAAAAUAUUUUGUCAUACUUUCGAAAUUUUCUUUACACAAAAAAUAAAUUCUUUUGUGUGAAAA